GCUCUUCCGUUCUUGUCGUGCGGCUUACUCUUGCGUGUCACUCCGACGGCGGGGAUGUUCUCUCGGAAGAAGCUGAACAUGUCGUCAUCUUGCUAGCUGUGUAAUGUCGAACUUUAAGACUGGAGUCAAGGCAGGGGCGCAUUUUCGAGAUGGCCAGCUCAUCUUUCGCAGCGGACAAGGGCCCCUUGGACGACAUUUUCUCGUAUGCCGAGUGGUCGCGUCAGCAAUGGGCGCAUCUUCAUUACCCGCAGUCGCAUCGUCAACUAUAUUUGCCAGCUCCUCGACAACUUCGGAUCCCCCGUUGUCGAAUCGCUGGCGGCGCAGCUGUAGAGCCGCUUGUCCCGCACCAGAAUGGUCUUAACCUUGACUUGUAUCUACGUAUCGCCCCCGAAUUGUGCUUGGAGCAACACGUCGUUGGCGGUCUGGACCGGGUGCACGGGGGCGUCGAUUCGACACACAGCCUCAAGUUCUCGAUCUGCGAGUUCAAUGUCAUGGACAUCACCGAGAGCCUCCUGAAGUACUUCAUUGGCGAGAAUACAACGCUAACGUUUCACCCUGAGGGCGUGGACAACGAGGAGUGUGAGCUGGACUUCAAGUGUUCAUGGGCGUGAUAUGACAUGGUCCUGCGCGAGCUUUAACCAGAAGGUCUGUUAUUU